GAAAUUUUGGUCAGUUCAGUGAUAGUCGAAUUAAAAACCGUGUGUAACCAAAAACAAAGUGUCAAGAAAAAUGAAUAAAGUGCUCGCGAUUUUUGUCAUUGGCUGUCUAAUCAAUGUUUGCCUUUCUGCUCGUUUGCCCCGUAAAGCCGAUACCAAUGAUUCAAGCAGCGAAGAAAGUGUUUCUCUACCAGAAAUACUCACACAGGUGAUCGAAAGUAUUGCCGUGAUCAAGAACAUCACUUUGACCGAAGCUCAAAAAUCAGGUGUAUCCGAAAUUUUGAACAAAGGCUGGAUCAAAUCUGCCAGUGACAAGGACGACAUCACACUUCAAGAUAUUGAAAAAUUUAAAACCGAACUAUCUGCCGUUAUUCCAUCAGAAGUAGCUGAAGAAGUUAGCAGUAUAAUGUCAAAAUUUACUAAGGACGCAUCAUCUGAUGAAGCUGCCGAAGGAUUUGUAUGUCUGGGAUAUUUUUUGUUCACAUCAAUUGUUGAUUUUUAUGCUUAG